AUGAAGCUGUUCAUCGUCUUGGCAGUGGCCAUCGCCGUGUCGUCCGGAGCACCCGCCGAGGAGUCCAAGAAGGACAAACGCGGAAUCAUCGAAAUCGGCCACAACUUCCACUACGAGGAACCGUCGCUGGUGUACGAGCAGCACCACGCCGUUCCGGUGACCGUCGAGAAGCACGUCCCCGUGGCGGUGAAGGUCCCCUAUCCGGUCCACGUGGAGAAGCACGUGCCCGUCAUCGUGGAGAAGAAAGUUCCCGUGUACGUUGAGAAGAAGGUUCAUGUGGCUGUUGAUCGCCCUGUGCCUUAUCCCGUCGAGGUGAACGUUCCGGUGCUGCACAAGAAGAUCGUCGAGGUGGCCAAGCCCUACCCGGUGUACGUGGAGCAGGCGCGUCCGGUCGUCGUGAAGGACGAUCACUACUACGGUGGACAGUUCUACAAGAAGCCGUACUGGGGUUGAGUGAAUCGGUUUGGUUUGACUUGAUAAAUUAUG